AUACAACAUGGCCAGCACGAUAGCACGCUCUGAGGAACGCCAGAAUGCUGGCACCAUGGAACUCAAAGAUGACACUGUCAUCAUAGUAUUGGGCGCGUCUGGUGAUCUUGCAAAGAAGAAGACUUUCCCGGCACUCUUCGGCCUUUAUCGCAACAAGUUCCUCCCCAAGGGUAUCAAGAUUGUCGGAUAUGCCCGGACAAACAUGGACCACGAGGAGUACCUGAGACGUGUGCGCUCAUACAUCAAGACCCCCACCAAGGAAAUCGAAGAGCAACUGGACAGCUUCUGCCAGUUCUGCACCUACAUCUCCGGUCAAUAUGACAAGGAUGACUCUUUCAUCAACCUCAACAAGCACCUCGAGGAGAUUGAGAAGGGCCAGAAGGAGCAGAACAGAAUCUACUACAUGGCCCUUCCCCCCAGUGUUUUCACCACCGUGUCCGACCAGCUGAAGCGCAACUGCUACCCCAAGAACGGCAUUGCUCGUAUCAUCGUAGAGAAGCCUUUCGGUAAGGACCUUCAGAGCUCGCGCGACCUCCAGAAAGCCCUCGAGCCCAACUGGAAGGAGGAGGAGAUCUUCCGUAUCGACCACUACCUGGGUAAGGAGAUGGUCAAGAACAUUCUCAUCAUGCGCUUCGGAAACGAAUUCUUCAACGCCACUUGGAACCGCCACCACAUCGAUAACGUACAGAUCACAUUCAAGGAGCCCUUCGGUACUGAGGGACGUGGUGGUUACUUCGAUGAGUUCGGCAUCAUCCGUGAUGUCAUGCAGAACCACCUCCUUCAGGUGUUGACGCUGCUCGCUAUGGAGCGCCCCAUUUCUUUCUCUGCUGAGGACAUUCGUGACGAGAAGGUUCGUGUCCUGCGUGCGAUGGACGCCAUCGAGCCCAAGAACGUCAUCAUCGGUCAGUACGGCAAGUCUCUGGAUGGCAGCAAGCCCGCCUACAAGGAGGACGAGACCGUGCCCCAGGAUUCCCGCUGCCCCACCUUCUGCGCCAUGGUUGCCUACAUCAAGAACGAGAGAUGGGACGGUGUUCCUUUCAUCAUGAAGGCCGGCAAAGCCUUGAACGAGCAGAAGACCGAGAUCCGUAUCCAGUUCCGUGACGUCACCUCCGGAAUCUUCAAGGACAUCCCUCGUAACGAGCUUGUCAUUCGUGUCCAGCCCAACGAAUCCGUGUACAUCAAGAUGAACUCCAAGUUGCCCGGUCUGUCCAUGCAGACGGUUGUGACUGAGCUCGACCUCACCUACCGCCGCCGCUUCUCCGACCUUAAGAUCCCUGAGGCCUACGAGUCCCUGAUCUUGGAUGCUCUGAAGGGCGACCACUCCAACUUCGUCCGUGAUGACGAACUGGAUGCCAGCUGGAGGAUCUUCACCCCUCUUCUGCACUACCUGGAUGACAACAAGGAGAUCAUCCCUAUGGAAUACCCCUAUGGCUCCCGCGGUCCCGCUGUCCUGGAUGACUUUACCGCGUCCUUCGGUUACAAGUUCAGCGACGCUGCUGGCUACCAGUGGCCUCUGACUUCCACCCCCAACCGGCUGUAAGUGAGGACGGUCGGAAGGUCAUGAUGGGCAAGGAAGAAAAACGCCGCAACGGCUUAAAAAAUGUUAAUGCGAUUGAUUUUCGUACGAGAAUCAUGGUAUGACGGGGAUCUG